UAGCAACCGUAACUAUGGCGCCAUGAUAGGGGGCAUGCAAAACGCACAUGGCGUCAAGUCAAUACGAACGAGUGCCAUGCCUUCCUAAAUAUCGUGAAACUUUAAGUGUUGAAGAUCGUGUUAAAUACGAAGAGAAGUUAAAGUUAAUUUGUGGUAUCGAUCCCUACAAUGUUAGUCACAAAUUUUUUUCUGACGCGAUGGAUUUAUGGCCCAAUGUUGAGUUCCCCGACAUUGUGACCUACCUGUUGUUUUCAACAAGUAGGUAUACCAAGGAGCAGCUGAAAGCUUACAAAAGCUUAGAAUCAUACCAGUAUUUUGUUGCUGGAUGGGUGAGGUGUGUGUAUGUCGGUAAAGCAAGUACUAACAUCAAGAUUUUAAUCGCAAAGGUAAAUCAUUCGCAAAGCCUGAAUGACACUCCUCUAAAACCAUGGGCUGCUGUAUAUAACAAUGGGUCUGUUAUAACAGCACAUUGCAACUGUAAAGCUGGACUGGGAGAAUGUUGUUCACAUGCUGGAGCGUUGCUCUUUGCUGUUGAAACUGGUGUACGAAUAGUAAAGAACAGGACUUGUACGUCUAUUCCCUGUCAGUGGCUAAUGCCUAAGACAGUAUCAAAGAUUACUUAUCAAGAACUUUGUGACGUUGAUUUUACUUCUUCCAAACGUAAAAAGCAAAAGCUGGAUGAACAUAUCAAUGAAUUAGCUUCUAGUUCAUCAUCUACUACCGAUCAGACAAUGACAACAGACAAGCCUCGUUUGCAAAACAAGUACAAGCCGUCUGAAAAUCAAAUAAAGAAGUUUUAUCAACAUCUAAGUGACACUAAAAGUAAUCCUGCAAUCUUGUCACUGAUUUCUCCAUUUAACGAAAAAUUUGUGCCAAAGAGACCUGCUGUUAACCUUCCAGACCCCUUGAAUAAGUUGUACUCCCGCCAAUUUGCUUGUCUUGAGUAUGAAAAGCUAAUUUCGAAAUCAAAAGAAGUUAUGGAGACAAUUACAAUCAAUCAACAACAAGCUGAUAUGAUAGAAAAAGCUACACGAAAUCAAAGCAAGUCUCAGAUUUGGCAUCAAAUGCGAAUGGGGAGAAUAACUGCCAGCAACUUCCACAGGGCUUGUCGUACAAAUCCUGAAACACCAUCACUAAGCCUGGUCAAAGAUGUUUGUUAUGGUUCACAGUUUAAGUCUGAUGCAACAUCGUGGGGAAAGGCCAAUGAGAAGAGAGCCCUAAAUCAAUAUACACAAGUAAUGAAAGAAAAUCAUAGCAUCUUCUCAGUUAAAGAAUCUGGAUUUGUAAUUGAUCCAAAGUACCCUUUUCUUGGUGCAAGUCCAGAUGCAAUCAGUUACUGCAACUGCCAUGGUGAAGGAUGUGUUGAGAUUAAGUGCCCAUACAGUUUAAGAAACAAGACUAUCCAGCAUGGCAUAUGUGGUGGAAAGAAUUUUUGUCUCACUAAGACACCAAAUGGUACCUUACAGAUGGACAGGAAACACCAAUAUUACUAUCAAGUCCAACUGCAAUUAGCCUCUAUAAAGUUAAAGUUUGUAGAUUUUGUUGUCUGGACUCCAAAUGACAUUUAUAUUGAACGAAUUCAGAGAGAUGACAAAUUCCUUGCGGUCAAUAUUGAAAAAGCAAAAGAAAUCUACAUUUUUGCAAUUUUACCAGAGCUUCUUGCAAAGUUUCACACUUCAAAACCACUUCCAUCAAAUGACACAUUAUUGUUUUGCUAUUGCAGAGUUAAGCUAGAUGACACACUUGUUUUAAAAUGUAGUAAUGAUAAAUGUUUGUUUAAAAUGUUUCACACGAAGUGCUGUGGUUUAUCUCGAAAGCCGGCAGCAAACAAACCAUGGUUCUGUGUAGACUGUAGAAAACUUUUGUAGAAAGGGAGAAAAUGUAAAUAGUUCACUAGCAACUAUUUCAGAAGCAACUUCUGAGCCAAUUAUGCUAAGUUAUGAUGUUUGCAAUAUUUAUUAUUUAUCUGUUUCAACAUAUUUUAGAAUAAAUUGUUCAUGUUUAA